AGCCGAGAAGGGACGGCUGUCCGGGAAGAGACCGCUGCACAGGCGUGCUGCUUGGGGCUCUGCCUUCCGGAUUUUCUGUUCGUACCGAGUCCUUUUUCCCAUUCGUGGACCAGAGUGAAGACGGUCCCAGCCCCAAGCGACAACGCCUUUCCCAUUCAGUCUUCGACUACACGGCGGCAUCACCAGCCUCGUCACCACCAAUGCGACCAUGGGAUAUGACAUCAAAUAGGCAGCCUCCUUUGGCUCGGCCCAACCAACACCACUUCUCAGGGGAACGAUGCAACACACCUGCACGAAACAGAAGGAGUCCUCCUGUUCGACGUCAGAGAACUAGGAGAGAUCGUCUGUCUCGACAUAAUUCCAUUAGUCUAGAUGAAAACUAUCACCAUCUCUCCUAUGGACAGCAGCAAGCAAUAGAAGAGCCCCGAGCUUUUCGCCCACCGAAUGUAUCUCCUCGUAUAUUACGCCCAGCUGUUCACCCACCACAGCAGAAUGCAGUGAUGGUUGACAUUCAUGACCAGAUCCAUCAGGGAACAGUUCCUGUCUCCUACACAGUGACAACAAUGGCUCCACAUGGGAUACCACUUUGCACAGGCCAGCACAUCCCAGCCUGCAGCACACAGCAGGUCCCGGGGUGUUCAGUGGUUUUCAGUGGGCAGCACCUUCCAGUUUGCAGUGUGCCUCCUCCAAUGCUUCAAGCGUGCUCAGUUCAGCACCUACCAGUACCGUAUGCAGCAUUUCCACCCCUUAUUUCUAGCGACCCAUUCCUUUUGCACCCUCCUCAUCUGUCUCCGCACCAUCCUCCUCACUUGCCUCCCCCAGGACAGUUUGUUCCUUUCCAAGCACAGCAGUCACGUUCGCCAUUUCAAAGGAUAGAAAAUGAAGUAGAAUUACUUGGAGAACAUCUUCCUGUAGGAGGUUUUACGUAUCCUCCCUCAGCUCAUCCACCAACGUUGCCUCCCUCUGCCCCUCUCCAGUUCUUAACUCAUGAUCCUUUACACCAGGAAGUGUCAUUUGGCGUUCCUUACCCACCGUUUAUGCCUCGAAGACUCACAGGGCGCAGCAGAUACAGAUCACAGCAGCCAAUACCUCCACACCCUUACCAUCCUAGUCUACUACCUUAUGUGCUAUCAAUGUUCCCAGUUCCACCUGCAGUUGGACGAGCUUUCAGCAUUGAGCUGGAUGUGGAAGAUGGAGAGGUAGAAAACUAUGAGGCCCUGCUGAAUUUGGCAGAACGCCUGGGAGAAGCCAAACCACGAGGACUGACGAAGGCAGACAUUGAACAACUCCCAUCCUAUAGGUUCAAUCCAAACAACCACCAGUCAGAACAGACACUGUGCGUGGUGUGCAUGUGUGAUUUUGAGUCAAGGCAGCUACUUAGAGUCUUACCCUGUAACCACGAGUUCCAUGCCAAGUGUGUUGAUAAAUGGCUUAAGGCAAAUCGUACCUGCCCAAUUUGCAGAGCUGAUGCUUCAGAAGUGCAUCGUGAUUAGAGUGACCAAUCUAAGAGCACAAAUCUGGUUUGGGUGUUCCUGGUCAUGUGUAUAUAUGAACUAUCUAUUGAACUUACCCAUGUGGCUUCCAGCCUUUUCCUUUACACAAAAGGGUCAGUGGACCUUACUUUGCACUGUGUGAACUUAAUCAAUUAUAAAGCUUAUAACUAGUCUUCACAUCUACGGGAUUGUUAUACUAACAGUGUGAUUGGAACUCCAAAGAUUUUUUUCUUUAGCUUAAUUUUGUGUGUGCACUAACAUUCCCUGGUUUUUGUGUGAUCAUUCUGAGUGUUGCUGCGAGAUUACUGUGGACGUGAUCUUUUAGCAUGUGCUUUUAUAAAAAAGAAAAAAAGAAAAAAAAAAAAAAGUGGUAGCUCCAAACAGUAUAGCAAUCUACCUUAUAUAGAGCCUUCAGAUACUGUGAGUGGGAAUGAGUGGUGUGAAUGUUUGCUUGUGAGAGGAUGGGUGAAGUGUGCUUGGGAAUGAGUGUGCAUGUGUGUUUGAGAACCUGUAUACCAGCAUGUGCUGAGAACGUAUGUGUGUAGUAUUAAUUAUGCUGCAAUGUAUAAUCUUGUGUGUUAUUUAAACAGUACUAGUACUGUACACUGGUUCCUUUCCUUGUGUUUGCAGUUGCACACAAAUACAAUGGGUGCAGCAAUUACAGACAUUUAGUAUUUCCUCCCCAAUGUACUUACAGGUACUUACCUGUCUACCUGCUAUUCAAACAAGCUGUUAUGCUACCCUUUACUCGGAGGCUUUAAGUGCGUACCACUAAAGGGGUCAUUGAUUGUUCAUAGUUGAGUAAUGUCGGGUUUUAGCAUAAGUUACAGAGUUCAGAUUUUUACUUUGCUUAUUUACAAGUUAUUUUAUCAAUGUAAAGUUGCAAUAUCACACAAAUCGUUUAGCAAUAUUAACAUUUUCAAUUGGUAAUUUCAGAAUCAACAUGUUCCUGUUCUCCUUUUCAAUUUUUCUAGUUGGGCUAUAAUUGCAUUCAGUUGAUUUGACAUUAGAGCUGAGUUCUGAAGAUGCUGCAGUUAUGCACUUCUUUCAUGAAAGGAAGCAGAAAGGAUACUGAGGGUCUUGUGCAACAGCCCUUCAUUUUUUGCCAUUGUGCUUGCUAAAUAGAUAAUCCUCUAGCUUACAAGCAUUGGCUUUAAUCAUACACAUUCUUUGUCAUUUACAAAGGAGUUUGUAUACAGUUAAAAUAACUUGUAAGAGGUUACAAUUUUAUUCCUGCUACUUCAUGAAUAAAAUAAAAUUUCUAGCAUUUUCUCAGAGAAGUAGAACUUCUGGUUUUUUGUUGUAUCACAAAAGAGGGUGGUUUUUGGUCACUCAUUGCAGAAUUCAGUUGCCCCGAUGCUGCUUCUUGUCCCUCAUUAUUUUCAUGAUGAGUGUAAUGUGAAGAAGGAACUCCCUUGGUUUUUGCAAUUGAGUUUCCAGAAGACUCCACCACAGUACGAAACGGGAGCACCUUCUGAACAAAGUGCUGUUAAACAGGAGGUAGCUUCUAUCCAACUGCUUUCUGAAUAGUGUUUUCUUUGUGCUUUUUUUUUAAAAAAGUAGCUCCCUUUCCAACGUUUCAGACUGUUAGCAUCUUCAGCACGUUCCUCCAAAAUACUAACGUCCACCUAUGCCAUAGUUAUUCAGAGGAUGCACUUCUCGCAUCAGAUUGCUUCUCCUGAAUUGUCAUUACUUCAGUUGCAGCAGCACAAGUGGCACAGUUAGCAAUAUUGCUGCAGCUUGCUGCCAGUCUCAGCUUUAAGUUGAUUCUCUGUCAUUUCUGAUGCUUUUGUAUGCUGCUAUGCUUUAGUAUCAAUUAUAAUUCCAGUGUUACAUGUUCUCCAUGCUGUUUGCCCUCUUUCAGUGUUCUACAGACCAAUCACAGCUGAUGGUGCAGAUGAUAUAAAAGCACAAUUUUGCCCUACGUCAGAUGCUCUUGCCUCCAUUUGUGUAGUUACACAGGUAGUUCUCAGAAACGCUGAGUCUUUCCAUUCCUACUCGUACGUAAGAACACUAAACAAAUGAUCAAAGUACUAAAAUUCCUCCUCUCUUCCAGAGGAGUUAGAAUAAUCUUUCACAAUAACACCUGGCAGGUUAAAGUACAUAUAGCGAAAUUUAUUUUUUUAACAAAUGAAAUCAUCUUGUCUAAAAAACAUACCAUGUGUCUUACAAAACUUAGGCUCUUUUAUAUAGCUGCAAAAGAAAACUUUCGAUGCGUGCAAGUUUAACCAUAACUAACGCUAUGUUUGAUAUUCAGUUUGAAGCAUGGGAAGAGGGCACUUCUCUAAGCAUUCACAUUCUUCUGAAGCCAAGGGAAAGUCACCCUUUUUCUGGAAUUGAGAAAUCCUGAUGUGUGAAGUCCCUUUCCCCAGUGGAACUCUGUGAGGCACUGGGAGACUGAGGAGUUGGAGGAUCUAACUGGGUCAAAUCCUGAAAUGAUUUGUUGCACUCUUAUGGCUUGUCUGUUCUGAAAUGGUUCAUUUGUUUGCAUGGGUCUCUUGCAGAUGUGUGUGGACUUGCUUCCUGUGGGUAGUGUGUGUAAACAGCACACGUGCACAUGUUCUGGAUCAGCUCAGAUGACCCACAGCCGAUCUCGGUUGUGGCUAUUGAUGGGGAUUCGUGCUGAGCUGCUCACUGCCAUGUGUUCUGUACAUUUGUGUGUAACUUCUCAGCCUGCCGUGGUGCCAGGCAGCACCAGCAUCCAGCAAGAUGUUUUUUAUGUUCCUUCCCUUCCUGACUUCACCUGUCCCCUUUUCCUAAACAGUCCAUAAGACAUUUGCUUUAUCAUACUGGCACUGCUGUGGCUUUGGCAUAAACUGCCAAUUAAAUUUGAAGUUUAAGGGGAUAUCAAGGCCUACAGAUAAUUCCAAUGUCUCAUUUUGUGACUUUCUUUACAAAAAAGAAAAAAGUAAGCCUUUUGUUGUAUACUGUUUUAUACGGGCUCUUGAAUGUGAUUUCACAGCUGUUAACACAUCAUGUAGUACCUGGGAUGGGAUUUACCAACCUUUUUUUUGUUGUUGUUGUUUUACUUACAGAAAACACAUUUUUGACUGAGUUAUCUUUGGGCCUUUUUAGAAGCUGUGUUUUUUUCGUUUUGUUUUUUUUUUCCUUUGGUACAUUGUUACCUCAUUUUGCUACUUGUAUUUCAGAUCUAUUAAUGAUUCUGAAAGCUUGUGACUUCUGUUGGAAUCAUUUUUGUCAGUUGUUUUCUUUAAAUCAUACUCUUUUGAAUCACUUAAUAUGUAGUUUUAAAUGUAUUAUAAAUAUCUGUAACCAAAUCAUUUGAAGGCUUGAUAAAUUUUUAACAAAAUUUGUACAUUUUUUAUGAGAGUUACUAGUAAUGCUUUACUACGUAGUGCAAUGAAGUUUUAUUUUUAAUCCCUGUGCCCAAUUUUGGAGUUGAGAGAGUUGUUCAGUAAUAAAUGUAUGAUGUUCACUUACA